GCGCCCUGCCCGGCCCCGCCCGCGCGUGUAAGAGGGAGCCGGAGCGCCGGGUCGGCCCGAUGGGGGGAAUCGAGGGUUUCGGGGACGCGGAGAGAUACUUUCCUCUUCCCGAGGAGUGAGGCAGGCCAGUCCGCGGCUCCAGCGCCGGGCCACUUUCCCUGCGCGAUUCCGGGAGCUCCGGGCAGGAGGUGAAAGUCCGGGCCAGCCCGGAUGGCGUAGUUGCGCCGAGGCGCAGCCGCUGCCGGAGGCGAGCGCUGGGCGGGGAAACUUUCUUCUGCUCUCCUCCAACUUGCAGCGGGUGGAUCUGCUCGUGACACACCGCCCCGAGGAAAUUUGAAAAUUGCCAAGAGGGAUUUUCAGGCCACUUCUAAUUUUCAAAGAUUGUCUGUGAUCUGAGCUAUUGGCUGUUGCAGAAAGAAAAAUGACGUCCCCUUGUGUGACUGCUGUGUUUGCCCUGAUGAGCGCUUGUUUAGCCACUGCAGCAGGUCCAGAGUCCAGUGCCCAGUGUGAACUGUCGCCUGUCAAUGCCUCCCACCCCGUCCAGGCCUUGAUGGAGAGCUUCACCGUCCUGUCAGGCUGUGCCAGCAGAGGUACCACCGGGCUGCCACAGGAGGUCCACAUCCUGAAUCUCCGUGCUGAUGAGAAAGCGCCUGACCAGCCCCUGAGAGAGGCCACGCUGCACCUGAACCCCAUCUCCUCAAUCCACAUUCACCACAAGCCCAUUGUGUUCCUGCUCAACUCCCCACAACCCCUGCUCUGGCGUUUGAAGACUGAGAGACUUGCCACUGGGGUCCCCAGACUCUUCUUGGUGUCUGAGGGUUCCGUGGUCCAGUUUUCAUCAGGAAACUUCUCCUUGACAGCAAAAACAGAAGAAAGGAAUUUCCCCCAUGGAAAUGAUCAUCUGCUCAAUUGGGCCCAAAAGGAGUAUGGAGCGGUUACUUCAUUCACUGAGCUCAAGAUAGCAAGAAACAUUUAUAUUAAAGUGGGGGAAGAUCAAGUGUUUCCUCCCACAUGCAACAUAGGGAAGAAUUUUCUGUCCCUCAAUUACCUCGCCGAGUACCUUCAGCCCAAAGCCGCCGAAGGGUGUAUGAUGUCCAGCCAGCCUGGGGAUAAGGAAGUACACAUCAUCGAGUUAAUCACUCCCAGCUCUAACCCUUACAGUGCCUUCCAGGUGGAUAUAAUAAUUGACAUAAGACCUUCUCCAGAAGAUCCUGCAGUGGUCAAAAAUCUCAUCCUGAUCUUGAAGUGUAAAAAGUCUGUCAACUGGGUGAUCAAAUCUUUUGAUGUUAAGGGAAACCUGAAAGUGAUUGCUCCCAACAGUAUUGGCUUUGGGAAAGAGAGUGAAAGAUCCAUGACAAUGACCACAUCAAUAAGAAAUGACAUUCCUUCUACCCAAGAGAAUCUGGUGAAAUGGGCUUUGGACAACGGCUAUGGUCCGGUGACAUCAUACACAGUGGCUCCUGUUGCUAACAGAUUUCAUCUGAGAGUUGAAAACAAUGAGGAAAUGAGAGAUGAGGAAGUCCAUCCCAUCCCUCCUGGCCUGAAGAUCCUGCUGGACCCAGUCAUCCUGCCUGGCCCAGAGAACCCACCCUUCCAGGGAGGGGACAGCCAAACUGGAGGUUUCCCCUUUCCUUUCCCUGAUAUCCCCAGGAGAGGAUGGAAGGAAGGAGGAGAAGAUAGGAUCCCUAGGCCAAAGGAUUCUGUCAUCCCCAGCAUACAACUGUUUCCUGGUCCCAGAGAACCGGAAGAGGCACAAGGGAGCAUGGAUAUUGUCCCAUCAGUCAAAUGUGACAAUGAAAAGAUGAUUGUGGCCGUAGAAAAAGAUUCUUUUCAGACUAACAGCCACUCAGGGAUGGAGCUCACCCUGUUGGAUCCCUCCUGCAAGGCCAAGGUGAACAGCACACACUUCAUUUUGGAGUCUCCUCUGAAUGGCUGUGGAACUCAGCGCCGGCAGUCAGCCUCCCAUGGUGUGGUUUACUAUAACUCAAUUGUGAUACAGCUUCCGUUGCCUGGGGACAGCAGUGGCUGGCCAGAUGGCUAUGAAGAUUUGGAGUCAGGUGAUAAUGGCUUCCCAGGAGACUUGGAUGAAGCAGACACUUUUCCCUUCAGCCGUCCUGAAAUUGUGACGUUUAAUUGUAGCUUGAGGCAACCGGGGAAUCCCAGUAGCUUCCGGAACCAGCUCAAUGAAAACAUCACUUUCAACAUGGAGCUGUACAAUACUGACCUUUUUCUGGUGCCCUCCCAAGGGAUCUUCUCCGUGGCCGAGAAUGGACCCAUCUAUGUUGAGGUGUCUAUCACUAAGGCUGACCAAGAACUGGGAUUUGCCAUCCAAACAUGCUUUAUCUCUCCAUCCUCAAACCCUGAUAGGAUGUCUGAUUACACCAUCAUUGAGAACAUUUGUCCUAAAGAUGAGUCUGUGAAAUUCUACAGUUCCAAGAGAGUACACUUUCCUGUCCCACAAGCUGAGAUGGAGAAGAAGAGAUUCAGUUUUAUCUUUAAGUCCAUGUUCAACACCUCGCUGCUCUUCCUACAUUGUGAGCUGACACUGUGCACCCAAAAGGACGAGGCCCGCCAGAAGUUGCCUAAGUGCGUGCCUCCUGACGAAGCCUGUACCUCGCUGGAUGCUGCCAUGAUCUGGGCCAUGAUGCAGAACAAGAAGACAUUCAUCAAGCCACUGGCUGUGAUCUACCAGGCACAACCUAAAGAAAAAGCUCCGAGCCUUAAAGAAGCAAAUCCAGUUCCCCCACAAGUUUUCCAUGGUCUGGACACCCUGACUGUGAUGGGCAUUGCGUUUGCAGCAUUUGUGAUUGGAGCCCUGUUGACGGGAGCCUUGUGGUACAUCUACUCCCAUACAGGGGAGACAGCAGGAAGGCAACAAGUCCCCACCUCUCCACCAGCCUCGGAAAACAGCAGCGCCGCUCACAGCAUUGGCAGCACGCAGAGCACGCCCUGCUCCAGCAGCAGCACGGCCUAGAUGCACCCCACCAGGCCUCUGCUGCGAGGGCAGCCCCGGACACUGAUGCCACACGUCCAGAUUCAGAAGGCUUGGCUCGGGUUCCCUUGUAAAGAGAGAGUGAAUUUGAGCGUAAAGAUUACCUGUUAUGCUCACCCCUCAUCGUGGCCAAUAGAAAUGGGAUCCCUGGAUCCCUGCAACACACUAGAAUUCAUGUGGAAAAGCUAAUAUGGUGGCCUCCACCAGCCCCUCCCAGGCACGCGGGGGGGGGGGGGGGGGGCUUCUCAAUGUGAAACACAUGCCAGUUUUUAAAAUGCUGCUUUGUCCAGGUGAAAAUAUCCAGAAUAAGGAGCCCUGAGUUUGACCUACACUAAAGGAGAUGGUCAAAGGGUAAGAGCUAGACGGUAGACCCAGUGAGACAAGGCCAGAGUCUGUGACAUCUGAACCAAGGUAGAAAACGAAAUGCCUCGAGGCUUUCUCAGUGUGCCUCAGUGCCUAACCUGCACCCCAUCUGGAUGCAUACUACUCCUGACAGGCCACACUCUCUGGGCCUGAGGUGUGACCUGAGGGGAGCUGCCUUCAGGGACUGCGUCCUGCCACGAGUCAAGGCAACAUUCCUUUCUUGAUCCCAGGGCCAAAACCAGUGCUAAUGACUUUGUCAGCUUCUUAUCUGCCCCCCGCCCCCACUAAAAUCAUGUCUUAAGACAAAUUUUGUCUUCUUAUAAGUAUGUAGAAAUUGAAAAUGGCCAAGAUCUGGAGCUGCAGAUUUGUACACCUCUCAUUCUGUUAAAUUAAUAUCUAAAUUGGGGCAAUAUUCAGUCAUAACAUUGAGUAAUUUGCGAAGUGAUAUAUGUAUAUGAGUACAAGUGUACAGUAUGUCACUGUCACCUGGAACAUUCAUUUCCUUAGUUGAAGAAGCUGAAAUAGGUGCAGUGACACUUGCCCAUAAUACCAAGGUGGAAGGUUUACCAGCUCCCCUAGCAUGACCCUAUCUUAAAAAAACAGAUGAAAAAAAUCCAUUUACAUUCUGAUAAUGUCUGCUGCUUCCAGAGUUGGAACUGAUUCUUAAGUAAUAUUUGGUAGAAUGAGCAUUUUCUUUCAAUACACAUCAACCUUUCUAAUAAGCCCUCGAAUGAAAAGCAAACCCUUUAAGAAAUGUGAAUGCCUGUUAGAUUCUUGUGGGUUAUCUGAGUAUGUCACCAGUUCUGUGAGGGCGCUGCUGAGCAGGGGAAAAGUGUACUCAUUUGGUUUGCUUUUGUUAAAAUACAUCCAGACUCAAAAGGAUUUAAAGUGAAUUUUAUUAAAUAGAAUAAUAUGAUGCCACAUUGCAGCUCAGAUCUGCUCAGUGAUACCUGUAUGUUAAAAAAGAAUACCAGAAGGGAAUUUCCAUGCCAAAUCAUUUACUACUGACAUGACAAAUUACAUACAAUUCUUCUUCCAUAAUCCUCCCCCAACAACGUAGCAUUCCAUAAAUAGAACAAGUUAUAUUCUAUCCUAAAAUACUCAUAACCAAAUUCCACUGCCUUUAAAAUAUAGCAGUUAUGCCUGGCCCUCUGUGAAUAGAGCCUUCCAUGUUGAUGAAACUCAGAACCUUAAAGCAGUGCCCACAAGGCAAACAGGUAGCUAGAGACAAUCACUAUGAUCCAGCACCAAGAACCAUCGACGGGAUGGAUGUAGAUAUUCAGAUGGGAUAAUUUUAACCAAAGCAGACUACUUAGCAGCUGAGAUUUCCAGGCUGUCUACAUUGAUACAUUGAACAUUGUUUUUAGAUUUUCAUAUACGUAUGAGGACAACAUGAGACAAGGAAAUGUUUUCCUUUAAUUUUUUAACAUAAGGGUAUCAUAACAGAGGGCCCAGGUUACGCUACCUGUGUUUGAAAAUAAUGCGCUUUGCCUAACCUUCAGCAGAAUGUAUUGUUUUAGCAUAUUCUAUGUAUAAAAAAGUUUAAAGAUGUCUUCAAAGAAGACUAGAGUCUUUAAGUCACUUAUAGCUAUAUUUUACUACAAAAAUUUGUGUAUAAAGAUAUAUUUAAGUGUUUUAGAUAAAUUUAAGUUACUCAUAUGAAAUGUUUAAUUUCAGUUACUGUGAAUUCUUCGAUCCGUUCUUUGCUUUCAAAAAUAAACCACCUUUCCAUCUUUUAAAAGGAAAAUUAGAUUAGCUACAAGGAAAUAUUAAAAGAUGUGUUUCUUAGAUGGGUAGGGUUAAAAACUUCUGUAAUAUAUUUAAAUGUAUAUUUUUGAGAGAGUUUCUACAGUGCCAAUGAUUUAAUAAAUAAUCUUAAAUUAAUUUACAAAUUUAUAGAUGCAAGCCAAAAGAUUUUUAAAAGAGAGGAAAAACAAUCCACUUUUAUUUGUUUGGGUCUCAUUGUCAGAAGUACUAUUCAGAUAGAGAAAUUCAUAUUAACAAAGCCAAACCCCAUAUUGGAGAGUGAAUUUCUUGAAGUAUUUUUUAAAAAUAGGGCAUUUCUCCCUAGCUUCUUGUUGCAGCAUUUCUGGUUGCUUCAUCCUUCACAGUUUUAGUACAAAGUACAAGCUCUACUUUUAUAACAUGUUCUGCAAGUUUCUUUAAAACCAUCGUUAUAUUCCAGUUGAACUCCCUUCUAUCAGCAAAGCCCCAUAUUAUUUCCAUAGUACACCCAUAAUCCACAAAGCCUGUUUUGGUUUUUGUUUGUUGAUACUGAAGCUAUUGCUGAAAUGUUUUAAACUUCACCGCAGACUGUCUGUAUAACACCUUUAGCUUUCCACUGUGCGGGGUUUGCCAGCUGUUAACUCUGUAUUUUAAAAUGCCAAUUUCUUUGGAGUAAGCUGUUUUUGUAGCUUUCCUAAACACAAAAUGGUCUUUUCCUGGUGUGAUAGUGAGACUGUAAAUCCAUUUCCUGCGUGUUCUCGGCAGGCGUGACUGCGAGUGUGUGUGGGGCGUGUGUGUGCCUACCAGUCUUUUGGGACUGUAACUACCUCAUGGCUUGAAUGAUGACUGCUCACUGCUGGUUGUGUUAACAACACACAUUUUUGUUGGGCGAGUCUUAUGUGUGGCUUUUUUUCCUGUUUGUUUUAUCUGGGGUUGUUCAUGAAACCGACGGAUAUUUUCCUAAAAAGGACUAUUAUGAGUUUCUAAAUGCAAUUCUUCUCUCUUCUGGUUUUUACUGAAUGAGCCUGAUUUUGUUGCUGUUUUUUCACCACCUGUGAGGGUAGAGAGAGUAACCCAAAAAUCCCUGUGGCCAGUUUGAACACCCCUGUUGUAAUCUUUGUUUGGUGUGUCAGCAAAUUUGUCAACAUGCUUAGCUGUGUAGUCUUGAUAACCACAGUUUUAAGUCCUUUAUCUGUGCAUAAUAAAAAGAUAUAUAUCAAUUAUGAA